GAACAAAAUUACCCACCUGUGAAUAUUUUGUGGAGUUAUCCUUUUUACGAGAUAUUGUGACUGACAGGAAAACUGAAUCAAAUAUUCCUACAGAAAUUACAAUUCCGACCUCCUCUGUAUACUCAACAACACCUCCAACUCACACUGUAACUGACACCAAUAGUACACAAUCCAAUCCCUCAAGUUGUGAUGCAAUAUCCAUUCGGAAUGCCCGAAAACGCAGGUCUGAUCAACUUGAUGAACUACUUGCACUAAGCCUCUCAAAUGACAAGAGGAAUGAUAAGAAAGAAGCAACUAACAACAUGGAGCAAACUCAGGAUGAGGAUGUUCUUUUUUGCUCUAGUUUAGUUAAAACAUUUCAAAAAUUGAAAGGCAAAAUGAACAAAAAAGCAAAAAUGAUGGUGAUGCAGGUUUUACUUGAAUUUGAAGAUGAUGACGAUAAUGACGCAUGA